AAUAAUUAGGAAAAGUACAAAUAAGGGGGACAAUAGCACCGGUAUUAUUGCUCAUAUGCCUUGGCUAUAUAAUCACUCCUCUGCGCCUCCCACUGCCUUAUGAUGACAAUCUCAUGUAGAGGAUUCAUGGUGUAGCUGUCGGCAACGUCUAGCCGUGUGGAUAUUUUUUCCAAAGGCAUAGGUCUAAGGCAACACAAAUCGGGCUAAACCUUACCUUACUAAUCCUAUUGAGGCAUUGAAAAGGCCUCACCUACUAGCAAGCAUGUAAAAAGAAAGAACUGGAAAGGACCAAAUAUUCAAUGAUCAUCACAGAGUUUAUAACAUACUCUGUGAUGAUAUUACAAAUGAGAAUACUAACAUAAUGGUAGAAUAAAAUGAUGAAGGAAUUAAAAUGUUGUCCCUUCUUGUCCGAACUUGUAAUUUCUUCAAUUUGUAACUCUUUUUCAUCACAAUCACAAUUCUUCAAGAUGUAUUCAAAAUUCAUGAUUUCUUUUUUGAAAGAUUGGACUUUGUAGAUGUAGUUGGGGCGGCCUUCUUUUGUUUGGCAACUCUCAUUGGAAGUCGCAUAACAUUUAAAAAAUCACUAACAGUUUGGUUCAACAUGACUACAUUGCUAAGUAAAUUAUAACAGUUUGGUUCAAGCUUUAUUUGAAGCCAUGCCAACGGUUUCAGUAACUGUCAAUAGUUAGAACUACAUUAGCCGAAACGGUCCAAUGAAAGGAUUGGUGAUUAAUUUGAACCAGUUGAAGGUUAGUAGACAAUAUAAAAUAUUUGGUUUCAAAUCAUUCUGAAAGGUGCCAAAAAUAGAAUGAGUUAUUACUAGAACUACUGCCGUCCUAGGAAAGCACUGGCAUUAAUACCUUCUGCUUAUAUGCAUCCAAAAUUUGCCUCUUUCUUUGAAUAGAAGAAAUCAGGCCCUACUAAUUUCAGCUUCAGGACAAAUACUUCUCGUUUACCGGUUUCCACCCUGCUAUUUAUCAGUUAAGACUCAGACCUCAACGUUUUCUUAUAUAAUGCUAUACACCAGAAACUUUUGUCAAGAAUUUGUUAAUAUUAUGAAUAAAUUCAGACCGGAAGAAUAUAUGUAUCAGUAUGCUUUUAGGAGCAGCUAGCAUGUCAGGCAACAAGGGAAAAUCCCUCGCGUUGGCUGAAAGUUCUUCAACGAAUUCGUCUGCAGAAGAAGGUUAUAGGAAUAAGGAGAUUGUGCAGGCCGAACAAGUUAAACUACUUGAUAAGAGAUUGAGAAUUCUUGAAGAUGAAACAGAAUUACUCAAGGUAGCUUUCUAUGAGGGUGUGGAAGAAAGAAGAAAGUUAGUACAUGCAAUUCAAAAUGAAUUUCAGGCUGUAAACCAUUUUCGAUGCCUUGAGGAACAUACAUUCGGAUACACAAAGCGUCAACGACAUGGACUCCCGCAAAUUCUAGGUGAAGACUCAAAUCCAGCAGUUGUCUUCAGAGAACUGAGAGCUUCUGAGGCUGUUUUCCAGGAUGCUACUGUAUGUGUACCAAACGCGUGGAAAUAUUUUCUUUGCUUCUUUGGUGGCAGUGAGAUUUGAACCCAAGAUUUCUUUUCUGCUAUGAAAUCAUGUUGAAUCAUGUGACCAUCUAGCACGCUUUUAUUUACUUAAUUAUAUUAUGUCUCAGCAA